UAAUAAUAAUAAAAUUUUUCGAGAAAUGAGAAAUUCUCCAAGAGGUAAUGGAUCGCCCAAAACAUAUCGCGAAGAUUACGAUUACUAUUAUAGACGAAAUACAGUACCUGUAACUCUUGACAAUAUGGAACUAACAGAAUUGGUUAAAAGCGUUCAGCGAAUGACCGUUUUAUAUUCACUUGAUCAAUGUGAUUGGAACGAAAACGUCAUAGAAAUUAUCAAGUUGUGGUUGCUGAAAGUAACUGAAUCAACGCUUACAAUAUUCUACGAUUGCAAUAUAUUAACUGCUUGUCUCGGUUUUCCCGUCGCUCCUGUUAUUGACUUGUCAUAUUUCGUCCGCCAGUCGCAUCAAGCAUUUACGGUAGAGUCCUUUCAUGAGUGCAUCAAUUUUGGAACUAUACACGACGAUGUGGAUGGAACACAUCUUCGUAUAUUAGAGCUUGUUUAUGCGCCUGUUUUUAAAAGCUAUUCAGAAUGGGGCGAUAAUGUGAAACAACGUUUUUGCAAGUCUUUAGAUCGAUAUUUAUCCUUUAUUACCAGAAUAUAUUUUAGAAUGUCAGGCAUGACCGUACUCUAUGUGCCGUAUGUGGUUCAUCAAAUAGUGCGAGAAAACAUAUACGAUCGAGAAUUUGUCAAAAAUUUAGAAGCUAUCGCAGUUUCAUGGGCUACUCAAAUAAGGUCGCUUUUAAAUGAUAAGACCUUGACAGUGCCAAGUGAGUUUGUAGCAGUGGAUGAUGAAUAUGAAUUCUGGCUAUAUCGAUUGGUGGGGGAAGUGUAUGAGAUGUGUACAGUAGAUCGGGUCAAUUUCUAUGGAUUCGGAUUUUAUAAAGAGUUCUUAUAUAUUAUCACAAAGAAUGAAAAAUCGAUGCCCAAAAUAAAAAAUUACUAGCCCGUG